UUUCAACCAGCAUAACAAAAAUGUUUCUGCAGUGAAUUACUUGCAUGUAGGUUCGCCUCAGGAUACUAGUAAUUUCAAAUGAAUAUUAAAACGGCUUGCCAUAGCUGAGGCUGCUGGUGUGAAGCUCGUGUGAAUAUGUGUUUCUCUCUCUGGCCGGAGCUCUACUAUAGGCGGAAGUUACAGGCGUUUUGUGUUGAUCUCUUCAGCUGAGAAAGUGAAAAUCAUCGUAAAUGAUAAGCAGCAGGCGUUUUAUAACGUUUAAAACCUCCGCGCAUCACAUAAGUGGACGCGGUGGCUUUAUUUUCCCUCAUGCAUUUGCAGACUGCGCUGGUUGUCGUCGAUAAAGGCAGACUGGCAUAUUUAUUGAGUUUGAUGUCUGGUUAGAUGGUCAGAUAGUGACGCUCAUUCAGUAACUUACUCGCGCUUUGAUCGGAACGUUUGGACAUUUUGUUACAGUGAUUCAUUGUAGUGCGUUUCCGACUCUGAUACACUGUAGCGGAGAGAAGAAACAUUCACUUUAUUCAGUGAUGACUCGAUUGGGUUUAACAUAACUGCCAAAUCACAUAUGUGACUUUCACAACAACCGAUCUCGUGGAGCAUUUUCUCUUUGAGCUGGAUUUUCCAUUGGAACCGACAGAGAUGGCAGACAGCGGUCGGAUGAAGAUCGACAGCCCAAGCUCGAGCCCCGGACCCGGGAGGAAAAAGGCGCAGCAGUCGCCCGGUUCAAAGGCGCGGUACUCUGUCAACGCUCCCGGACACUGCUUUCGAAAAGUGACCCUGACCAAACCGACCUUCUGCCAUCACUGCAGCGACUUCAUAUGGGGGAUUGUUGGGUUUGUUUGUGAAGUGUGUAACUUCAUGUCACAUGAGAAGUGUUUGAAGCACGUCAGGACUGUGUGUUCCUGUAUGGCUCCCACACAAGUUCGGGUUCCUGUAGCACAUUGCUUCGGUCCUGCUGGUCAGAAAAAGAGGUUCUGCUGUGUUUGCCGGAAGCAUCUGGAAGGCAGUUCGGCUCUGCGCUGUGAAGUGUGUGAGCUACACGUCCACAGCGACUGCGCCCCGUUCAGUGUUAGCGAUUGUCGUGUCUCUCAUCAAGAUGGAGGGCAAGACAUUGACACGUACCAGCAUCACUGGCGGGAGGGCAACAUGUCCUCUGGUGCCCGUUGUGAGUUCUGCCGUCGCACCUGCAGCUCCUCAGACGUCCUGGCUGGCAUGAGAUGCGAGUGGUGUGGCGUCACGGCACAUGCGUCAUGUUACAUAAUCAUGUCUCCGGAGUGCAGCCUGGGACGACUGCGGGACAUGAUUCUUCACCCCAGCUGCGUGUCAAUCUGCUCGCGAAACUUCAGCAAGAUGCACUGUUACAGAAUCUCAGAGAACUCCCAGCACGGCGAGAUGGAUAACCUGGAUGAGGUCGAUACUCCGAGUCCGGUAACGUCAAAGGAGACUCAGUCCACGGGGUCACCUGAUGCGGGUAAACAGACGGUUAAAGUUUUCGAUGGAGACGAUGCAGCUAAGCGCAAUCAGUUUCGCUUGGUUUCGAUCCCUCGAAUAAUCAAGAAUGAGGAAGUAGUGGAAGCGGCGCUCAGAGCGUUCUUCAUCCCAGAUGAACCGCAGGAUUAUGAGCUACAGAGUUCCAGCCAACAGGGACUGUUUACAGAUGACAUCAUCAAUCGUAACGGCACCCCAGACAACAAGCCCGUUUUUAAAGACACGGUGUCUGAUCCCUUGGUGCUCAGAGCAAAACCCAGAGAAACAGAAGUGGUGAAGAUUUACCCCAGCUGGCACAAGGUAGGAGUCUCCUACAUCUCAGUGACUGCUGGGAAAAGCAGCACGGUAGACUCAAUCAUAAAAGAAGUGCUUCCACAACUAGGAAAAAAGAAUGAAAACCCUGCUGACUUUAACCUUGUAGAAGUUUUCAUGAGCAGCAAACAAGUUCAAAGGCAAGUCCUCAGCGGUCAGGAGCUUUUACUGGACAAACUUCUGGAGAUACGGAAGACAUCGUUGCGACAGAUGAAUCAGACACGGUUUUACAUCGAAGAAAGCAGGAAUCGAACGGUGCAGGUCAAUCUGAUUCUGGGAGGCUUUCCGACGCAACUCGACAAAGAGGAAUACUCACACCUGCUAUCCGAACACCUCGCCGUCAAAAGUCACUUGGCCACCAUCUCUCACGUAUACACCGGACAAGGUGCUGUGGUUCUGCAGAUCAGCUGUUUCUCAGAGGCAGAGAGGAUUUACAUGCUGGCCAAAGACAUCAGCAUCAGCGGCAAACAGCUCUACUCGCUUGUCAUACCUGAGAUCAUGCAAAGCAAGCUGGCCAAAAGAAGCUGUCCCCUGCUGGUCUUCGUCAACCCUAAAAGUGGUGGGCUAAAGGGCAGAGAGAUCUUAUACAGUUUCCGGAAACUUCUAAACCCUCACCAAGUGUUUGAGCUGAGCAGCGGAGGACCACUUCCUGGGCUGCACACGUUCAGGGACGUCCCUCACUUCCGUAUCCUGGUGUGUGGAGGAGACGGCACAGUGGGAUGGGUUCUGGGGGUUCUGGAGUCCAUCCGACAUAAGAUUGCCUGUCCUGAGCCAGCGAUCAGCAUCAUCCCGCUGGGCACAGGGAACGAUCUGGCUCGGGUGUUGCGAUGGGGGGCGGGAUACAGCGGCGAGGACCCCUUCAACAUCCUGGUGUCUGUGGAUGAGGCAGAGCUAGUGCAAAUGGACCGCUGGACAAUCCUUCUGGACGCACAGGAUAUGGCAGAGGACGGCAAAGAGAACGGCGUCCUAGAGCCGCCCAAGAUUGUGCAGAUGAAUAAUUAUUUUGGCCUGGGAAUUGAUGCUGAACUGAGUCUGGACUUUCAUCACGCACGUGAGGAGUAUCCAGACAAGUUUAAUAGCAGGUUCCACAAUAAAGGUGUGUACGUGAAGGUGGGCCUGCAGAAGUUGAGUCACACACGAAACCUUCAUAAAGACAUCAGACUGCAAGUGGACAGACAGGAUGUGGAACUGCCCAGUAUAGAAGGAAUAAUAUUCCUCAACAUUCCCAGCUGGGGUUCUGGUGCCGACCUGUGGGGCUCAGACAAUGACUCUCGGUUUAGGCGGCCCAGGAUAGACGAUGGGAUGCUGGAGGUUGUGGGAGUUACUGGUGUGGUGCACAUGGGUCAGGUUCAGAGUGGGCUGCGGUCUGGGAUUCGUAUCGCUCAGGGGAGCUAUAUUCGCAUCACUGUGACCAAACCCAUUCCAGUGCAGGUGGAUGGAGAACCCUGGAUACAAUCACCUGGACAGAUCAUCAUCUCAGCCGCAGGACCAAAGGUGUGCAUGCUAAGAAAGUCCAAAACCAAGCAGAAGAAACAAACGGGCAGUUUGAAGGAAGUCCGUUCCGACAGUCCAGCUCCCAGUGAGGGUGGGCAGUGACAAACCUCACAAACACUUCAUUGACAGCCCUUUACUGUUGCCUUGACAACUUUUCAUUGAGUCUUUGUUUCACUUUGGCUGUGUAUCAACUUUGACUUUAGCUGAACUAGAAUAUAUGACUCAGAUAGACAUCUCUAACAUCUCUAUUCUGUAGUGUUCAAACGCCCCAUCAGAUGAUAGCACUGCAGUCUGUUUCUCAGGACUUUAGCUGCCCUCGGCCUGUUUUUGCCUUAGAUUCAUGCUGGUGUAGACCAUUGUGUCGGUUUUAUUUCGACUGCCAAUCCGCAAUAUUUGUCUUAAAGUAGUCCAUCACUGAAAUGCUAUGGCACAUGAGUAAGCAACCAGUAUUUAAUCCCAUUGUGCACAUCACAAAUGCCAAAAACGACCGUUUCGUGAACACCGCCAAGUUAAGACUAUCACUUAAUACUCACAUCUUGCCUUUUUGGUUUAUGGUAAAAACUGGCCAUUUUUGUCUUUAUGAUGCUUAUCAUUAAUGUCUUACUUGAAGUUUAUUUGCAAAAGCAGCCCCUUGUAGCUUUCUACAAGUAUCUAAACCAAAACAAUGCAGUAUAUAUGUACAAACAACUCUAGUUCUUGUUCAUUAAAAGCACAUUUGAAUGUGUCAGUGUGGAGAGAUAAUCGUCUUUGUAUUCAAUUUUCUAGCCUUCUUAGCUGUGAGACAAUCAUGUCUCGGCAAACAAGCUGGUGUCAUCACGGCCGUUUUGUGAUUAAAAAGCUUUUCGAACUGGAGCGGUACCGACAAAUACUGUGACUAAAGAGUCGUGGAUUUAACAAAGGAUGAACGUUUUGUGGACAGACGCACCACUUUUGGUGUUAAUAGUAAUUUAACGCUGUACGAUACUUGAUAAAACAUUCCGCGCAAGAUCACGUAGCAAGUUCUGUAUUUAUAAUUGAACUGGUCAUAUGAACUUUUAAGCCAAGCGUAGCUUCAUCAUGUUCUGGUGAAAGCGUUGAUUUGUAAGUAAAUAAAUAUGUUACUGUUAUCUGACAGAGUAGACAGUCGUGUAAAUCUUAAGCUAGAGGCGAGCGCAGUGCUGUAAUAUAUAUAUAUAUUUGCUAGUAAGUGGUGUGUAUAUGUUGUUUCUGUACAGUGACUGGUCAGCCCUGCUCCAGCUGUAUGGAUUCAUGAGGCUGGCCUUAGAUUUUGUAUGUAUGAUCAGUUAGACGCUCCACUUCCCAUCAGGCAUGCAUUAAAGCCUCGGCCACCUGAGGGGAUUGUCUGACCUCAUCUACCUCACCAGCACACAUCACUCUGAGUAUCAAAUUCCGCCAAGCUCUUCCAAAGACUUGCGCCUGCUUUUCUUCCUGCACUUCAUUGUGUCUGGGAAUAUUCGGAUGAUGACAGAUAUGAAAAGCUGACCAAGUGCAUUUGAUUAUAUAUAUGAGUACGACCAAUGAUUUAGGUCUCAUUGUCAUUUUUCUUCAGAUGCAAUCUUAUCUCGCUGAUUCGCCCUCUCUCGUGUCGUUGAUUUGCCUGCAGUGUGUACAGUGGUGAUUUCUGGAUUAGUUGUGCCUCUUGCCAUGACAAGCCCUCGGGUUAACGUGCUGUUCUGUGGUGUGGUUUGGCCCGUUUAGUGCCUCAUAUAAGUGCUUCGAGAACUUACGUGUGCGUUCAACUCCAUGCCAUUCUGUUUGUUCUGCUGGUUCAGUGACUAUGAAGUAGAACCGUGCUGUUCUAGGCCCUUUAGAACUGAUGUGCCUCCUAAUAGAGUAAAUCUCACGAAAAUCAGUCUCAUUUUACUCCUAAAAUCAAAAGAAAAAUAUAUUAAAUUCAGUGCUGUCAAAUCGAUUAAUCGCAUCUAACAUAAAUGUUUUUGUUUACGUGUGUGUCUGCGUAUAUACAUAUAAAGUAAUGUAUAUAUAUGUGUGUAUACAUAUAUAUUAUGCAAUCAAAAUCUUUGAUGUUAGAUGUGAUUAAUCAAUUUGACAGCACUAAUUAUAAUUUUUGGACCAACAUAUUUUUACCCCAAAUCUCUCUAACUUUUUUUUUUAUGUGUAAAUCACAUAAUUCACACUGAUUAUUGUUGUAAGAUUCUCAGUAGUGUAGAUAGUGCAGUGUAUUAUUGUUUUUAUUUAUGAUUUUUAAAAACUUGACUAAAACAAUGACUAAAAUUCUGUGUAAACACUUGACAGUGUGAUGAAAAUAACAUCGAAAUAUCUUGAAGAAUUUAUUUUGAUUUUGGGUGAAAUAUGGCCCGGACAUGUUCUUGACAGGUUUCGUGAGAUUUGCCCAAUAACUUAUUUUACCUCCUUGCUAUGGUUUUAAGUUUUAUUCUUACUACUUGUAAAGUGGGUUAGAAUUAAUGUUCUGAGGUCAAUAUAGAUGUAUAUUUUUGAAGAGAAUAUGUUUUUAAUUUGGUCUGUAAAGAUAUUGCACUGAUUGUACUGUUUUAAAGAUGUUUUUAAGUGUACAUUGUGUUAAAUGAAUAUUAAAUAACUAAAUGUAUAGAUAUAUCAAUCAGCUGUAUAACAGAUGGAUGUGUCCAAUGAGAAAGAAAAAAAGACAUAAAUUUGGACUUUUUAA